AUGGAGGGAAUGGAGGCUGACUUUUACGACAGGAACGAAUUUAUCCGGAUAUGGCAAGAAUCAGAUUGUGGGAUAAUGCAGCCCGAUACCCUGAAGCAAUUCAAUCUUGAAAUAUGUCUGAUAUGCGGAGAUACUGUUGGCCUUUCAGCCAGUGGUGAUGUUUUCAUUGCCUGUGACGAGUGUGCCUUCCCAGUUUGCAGGCUCUGUUAUGAGUAUGAGCGGAACCAUGGGAGUCAAUGCUGUCUUCAGUGCAAGACCAGAUAUAGGUGGCACAGAGGAAGUCCACAAGUCGAGGGAGAUGACGAAGAAGAUGAUAUUGAUGACUUGGAAGAUGAGUUCAAUUAUACUCAAGGAAAUAGAGACGAAACAUGCCAGUGGCAGGGGGAGGAUUCUGACCUAUAUUUUCCUUAUGGACACGAAUCUCAACUAAUUCCCCUUCUCACUAACAGGCAGCUGGUAUCUAGUGAAAUUUUUAGUAAUACACCUGAAGGAACUACAUCAAGUCUUUUGAGCCCUGAUGACAUGCUUCCUUAUGUUAAUCCAAGGCAACCAGUUCUGGUGAGACUUGUGGACCCUUCAAGGGAUUUGUAUUCUUACAGUCUUGAAGAUCUUGACUGGAGGGAUAGGAUUGGUGAUUGGAAAUGGAAACAACAGAAACAGGUCGUGCACAUGGAAAAUAGACAUAUCAAAGAGAAAAGAGACAUUGGCACAGGGUCGGAUGGGGAAGAACAACUUCAAAUGGCUGAUGAUGCUCAUCAACCUUUGAGCUGUGUUGUGCCCAUUUCUUCUUCUCACCUUACUCCUUAUCGUGUAAUAAUCAUGCUUCGGCUGAUUAUAUUGGGUUUUUUCUUGCAAUAUCGUUGUACUCAUCCAGUUAAGGAUGCUUAUCCAUUAUGGCUGACAUCAGUUAUCUGCGAGGUUUGGUUUGCAUUAUCCUGGCUUCUGGAUCAGUUUCCAAAAUGGUCACCUGUCAAUCGUGAGACAUACCUGGAUAGGCUUGCCUUGAGAUAUGACAGGGAAGGGAAUCCUUCACAAUUAGCACCUAUUGAUGUAUUUGUCAGUACAGUGGAUCCAAUGAAAGAGCCUCCUCUCAUAACAGCUAACACUGUGCUGUCCAUCCUUGCCGUGGAUUACCCUGUAGACAAAGUCUCUUGUUAUGUUUCUGAUGAUGGAUCAGCAGUGUUAACCUUUAUUGCUCUGUCUGAGACGGCACAGUUUGCAAGGAAAUGGGUGCCUUUCUGCAAGAAACAUAGUAUUGAGCCUAGGGCUCCUGAAUUCUAUUUUGCUCGAAAGAUAGAUUAUUUGAAGGACAAGAUACAGCCUUCUUUUGUGAAAGAGCGCAGGGCAAUGAAGAGGGAAUAUGAAGAAUUCAAGGUAAGAAUCAAUGCAUAUGUUGCCGGAGCACAAAAGAUGCCUGAAGAAGGUUGGACAAUGCCAGAUGGAGCUCCUUGGCCUGGAAAUAACCCAAGGGAUCAUACAGGAAUGAUUCAGGUUUUCUUAGGCCACGGUAGGGGCCCUGAUAUAUAUGGCAAUGAGCUACCACGUAUGGUUUAUGUUUCUCGUGAGAAGCGUCCAGGCUUUCAGCAUCACAAGAAAGCUGGAGCAAUGAAUGCUUUGAUUCGAGCUUCAGCUAUCCUAACCAAUGGUGCAUACAUUUUGAAUGUGGAUUGUGAUCACUACUUCAACAAUAGCAAAUGUCUUAAGGAAGCCAUGUGUUUCAUGAUGGAUCCUGAUCUUGGAAAGAAAACUUGCUAUGUGCAGUUUCCACAACGUUUUGAUGGCAUUGACUUGCAUGAUCGAUAUGCUAACCGUAAUAUUGUCUUUUUUGAUAUCAACUUGAAAGGGCUUGAUGGGAUCCAGGGACCAGUCUAUGUGGGAACUGGUUGUUGUUUCAACAGAAAAGCACUAUAUGGGUAUGAUCCAGUCUUAACAGAGGAAGAUUUGGAACCAAGCAUUAUUGUUAAGAGUUGUGGUGGUUCAAGGAAGAAGGGUAGGAGAGGCAACAAGAAAUACAUUGCUAAAAUGAGAGCAGUUAAGAGAACAGAAUCUACCAUUCCCUUUUUCAAUGAGGAGGACACAGAUGAUGGUGUUGAAGGAGAUGAUGAUGAAAAGUCACUUGUGUUUCUGAAGAGCUUAGAAAAGCGUUUUGGUCAAUCUCCAGUUUUUAUUGCUGCAAUCUCUACGGAGCAAGGGGGCCUUCCACCAUCAAGCAAUCCUGAAAUUCUUCUAAAAGAAGCAUUCCAUGUUAUUAGCUGUGGGUAUGAGGAGAAGACCGAAUGGGGCAAAGAGAUUGGAUGGAUCUAUGGGUCCGUGACAGAAGAUAUUUUGACUGGGUUUAAGAUGCAUGCACGAGGAUGGAUUUCAAUCUACUGCAUGCCUCAUCGCCCAGCAUUUAAGGGAUCUGCCCCCAUUAAUCUUUCUGAUCGUUUGAAUCAAGUUCUUAGGUGGGCUUUGGGAUCGAUUGAGAUUCUUCUGAGUAGGCAUUGCCCCAUAUGGUAUGGCUACAAUGGGAGACUGAAGCUUUUGGAGAGGCUGGCAUAUAUUAAUACCAUUGUUUAUCCUCUCACCUCUAUCCCUCUGCUUGCUUAUUGUGUGCUUCCUGCCAUUUGUCUUCUCACUGGAAAAUUUAUCAUUCCUGAGAUUAGUAACUAUGCUAGCAUGUGGUUCAUCCUUCUUUUCGUGUCCAUUUUCGCAACCGGCAUACUGGAGCUCAGAUGGAGCGGUGUGGGCAUCGAGGACUGGUGGAGAAACGAACAGUUCUGGGUAAUUGGUGGCAUAUCAGCGCAUCUCUUUGCUGUCUUCCAGGGGCUCCUGAAAGUGUUUGCAGGGAUCGACACCAACUUCACUGUCACCUCAAAGGCAUCUACCGACGAUGGCGGGGAGUUUUCAGAGCUUUACAUGUUCAAAUGGACAUCGCUCCUCAUUCCUCCAACCACAGUCCUGGUGGUGAACUUGGUCGGCAUAGUGGCGGGUGUUUCGUAUGCCAUAAACAGAGGGUAUCAGUCAUGGGGACCUCUAUUAGGGAAGCUGUUCUUCUCCAUUUGGGUCAUUGUCCACUUGUAUCCCUUCCUCAAGGGUCUGUUGGGUCGCCAAAAUCGCCCCCCAACAAUUGUCAUCGUCUGGUCCACACUGCUUGCCUCUAUCUUCUCCAUACUUUGGGUCCGGAUAGAUCCCUUCGCAUCAGACACCAACAAAUCUGCGUCGAAAGCUCAGUGUGGCAUCGACUGCUAGUGGCCGUGGACAUCAUUUUUUUCGGGUUUCAUCAAUCUUUCUUUUGUAUAAAAACAAGUAGUGAAGAUGUGUGGCCAUUCUUUUGUUCGUCAAAUCUUUGUAUUUUAGGACUCGACAACUUCAUCAUUCAUUUUAAAUUAAGUUAAUUCAUUGGAUCCU